CGGUCGCCAUUUUUUUUGAGGAUUAGGAGAAUGUAUACCAGUGGUCGUAAAAUAAUUUGCAACCUGAUUUAAAAUAUCGUUCCCUUAGCUUGGCUGGAAAGUACAGGGUCUUAUUUCAGAACUUGACAACCAGUUGUUUAAGGUGAGGGUAUUUUUGUGUUUAACUGUGAAAUAUAAGCUCACUACGUUAAACUUAAAAGCUCAAUAAACCAUCUUGUCGUUAAAGCUAACGUUAGCUAGCCUCUUCGUUCCAGAACUGUCAGUUGCAGCAUGUUAGAGUUUAUUUAUUUGUCUGAAGGUAACUAUCUGAUGGUGGCAUAUCGAAACUAACCGAUAAACAGUUGUCUAACGUUAGCUAGAUACCUGUUGUUAGCGCAGUAGGGAAUUGUUGGUUAUUGUUGACAUAGCUAACUAACUGUUACCUAGUUAACAUAACACAAGGAAGUGGUUUCCACUAGUUAACGUAACCACAGCCACGUAAAAAUGAAUGAAAACCAACAUUUAGGUUUGUCUUAAUUUAAGGUUAGGGUAUAAGGUUAGCAGUGGGGUUAGGUUUAAAGUCAGAUUUUAAGAAGAUAAAUUGUAGAAAUAGGCGGGCUUUAUGAUUCUGUCUGUGGUAACUAGUGACGACCCAAGGAAGUGGUGUUGCUUAACGAAUACUGGUAUGACACAGCUACGUUGUAAUUAUACAAUGUAGCUGGCUAUCUAACGUUUCAUGUGUGGAUUUUAAGCGAGGAUUUUAAGCGAUUUAAACAGCCUCACACAUACCAGCUAACGUUUAGCUAGCAUCUGUCCUUUAUAUCAGCCAAACAUGGGUUAGCUAACUUUAGCUGUAUUAAUAUAUUUUGUUCUGAAGUAGAACAUUAACUAUGUCCACAGUCCAGGCACAGCUGACAACAUGUGAGACAUGACAAGCAGACAGUCAGGAGUCCUGUCAGGAGCCAGGGGCAGCGUGUUCUCUUCAUUGCAGCUGGCAUGGAUUUUACAACCUAUAUGUAAAGGAAUGCAUGAGGAUAGGCUUUCUAAGUCGUCGUAAUUUUUAUUGCAUAGACUCACUGCCUUUACUUGUUUGGCAGAUGCGGCGUUCCAAGCGCAUGCGACACCCUGAUGGCUGGGUUGAGGAGUAUAGCUAUGAGGAGAAGCUGGAGAUUCGCAAACGGCAGAGGCGAAGUUCACAUAGCAGUGACCGGGAAAAGAGACCGAGGCGCUACCACCACUAUAAAACAUACGAAAGGUAAAUAAGACAUUCUGCUCAUGUAACAUCAACUAUUAAAGCUACGACGAAUGAAGAAUGUAAUUGAUUCUAUUUAGGGUCAGCUUUGUUGAAAAUGUUCAGCUGAUAUUCUUGAAGAUACUGUCAUAAGACCUCUAUCAGAACAUCUAACAUUUUAUUAUGGCAAGGGGAAUUCAAAUGUAAACACCACAAUGACUAUUAAUUGUAAACAGUUAUACAAUCACAGGAAUAGUAUUCCUGGACAUUAACCGGGAUUGUGUUCUUUGUACUGUUUAUGUAGGCCUAGAUAAAAUAUAAUUUUCAGGGUUAAAUACAAAAAUAAAGAAACAAGCACUGUUGGAAAUGCAAAUUUUUUAUCAUUUUAAGUCACCCAAAUAUUCAUUUGAUAGGGUGCACUAACCGUGCUGCUGAAUUUGUAUACUUUUGUCUAUUUACAAUUGCAUUGAACAAGUAUGCAAGUACAAGUUUGCAGGUUCCACGGCAAUCAUAAACACAGUAUUGACCAAUAAAUCCUUGGUGUUCUUGUGAUCAAGUUACUACUCCAUGCCAUAACAUGACGGCUGAUGGGAGGUGGGAUUUACUACUAUAACAUUGUCAGGUGAAGGAAUGACCUCCAUUCCAGGAAUGAAUGUGGAAUGUGUGUGAGAGGUUACUAACCCCUCUCACAGGCAUGACGACAGUCCGGUCUAUAACAUGGGUGUCGUGGGGAGGGGAAGGAGGUCUUUAGAUACUUGGCUGAUGCUGCCUACUGGCGCCUGACCGGUCAAGACAUAACAUUCCUCCUACACCCCUGCUGCAAGGGCUGAUGAAUAAUACCACAAGCCUGAGAUUACCUUAUCAACAUCCCUGUUGUAUUCUGUAUUCAUCCCUUAUUCUCAUCCUUAGCAAGUGGACACUUGUCGAGCCAAUGAUGGUGAUCAGUCAGAAUUUCACAUGCAGUGUAUGAUCACAAGUUAUAUCCCAUCAAAAGAUUGCUGUGAUUGCUUGAUUUAAAAUGUUUUUUUUUUAAUAACUCUCUCCCACUUGACCAAUGAACAUGACCUUGUAGUUUCCAGGUUGUGUGUGUGAACUGUAGUCUGCCUUGGCCACAGGUGUCACCUUGACUCUAAGAGGCUGGAGUGCAGGGAGCGGAGGGCCCGGGAGCCCAGUGUGGAGAGGGAGAGCCAUGGGGACAAGGAGAGGGAUGGGGCCAAGGGUAAAGAGCGGAGGAACAGAGACUGGCACCACUACAGCAAAUCCUCCGCACGCAGUGGCCGGAGCCACCAGAGCAGUCGCACACGACACCGCUCCCGUCGUCACAGCCAGGGGUGCUCUGACUCGGUAUGAUACUCUCCACCUGUCUAACUCUUUCUGUCUGUGGAAUUGGGUGAUCGCAUAGUAGAACAGUAAUCAUCUAUGGUUGAUCAUUUUGUUAUUGGGGUUAUUUGAAUUUGCAUAGUUAUUACUAAUUGGUCUGGUAUUCCAAAACAGUGCUUUGCUUUAUUAUUUAAAAACAAUGUUAAACAAUCAGUUCAAUCUAAGUGAUUGGAUUAAGAUAUUAAUUUCGGCACAAAUAUUAGAUGCUAUGCUUCCAUAAAACUCAGCCAUUGAACCGUGGAUGAUGUCCUACUGCACUUCUGUUGUAUCACUACUCUUAUAAUUUCUUGAAAGAACUUCUAUUGUGAGUCAUGUCUGAAAAUAUGUUGCCAUGUUUUUCUUCUGUAACACACAUUAUGGUGGCACCUGUGCGUUUCUCGGGGAUGCAUUUGAAAUUGCUGCUGCCGUGGCCUGGCCUGGGUUUCUGAAUGGGCCGAAUAUCCUCCCCCUCAUCAACUUCCUCCCGCUGAAUGAAUGAUUGGCGCAUUCUGUCCUGGUUCUGGACGGGUUUAUGAUGAUGAUGGUGAUGAUGGUGGUGAUGCUGGUGGCCAUGAACCCCCCCCCUCCCCCCCUCCCCUUCCAGAGGAGUCACCGCAGGAAGAGAUCCAGAAGUUUUGAGGAUGAUGAGGAGGGUCACCUGAUCUAUCACAAUGGACUCGUACUAAAAGCAAGAUGUAUAGAACACAAACCUUUCUUUCUGUAACCCUUUUGUCUGUAUGUUUGAAUGUCAGUAUAGGUAGGGUAUAGCUUCGGGGCAUUGGAAUCUUUUAAGAAAUAUGUUAAACCUUUGAGAUUUGGAAGAGUUUUUUUUUCUCUUCAUCCGUCUAUUAGCAGUAAGGCUAGAGAACUAUUAUUGUAGUAGUUUCCUAGGAAUAGGAGGGAAGUGACAAAUGCUAUGUAGCCAGAGUGAGUAGCUGCUAGUCUAGUUUUGAUCUGUUCUUGUGUUGUAGACGCUCUGUUCUGAUGUACUAACAGCUUCUCCUUUGCCCCUUUAGAUGAGAUUGUAUCCACUUUAGGAGAAGGCGCAUUCGGGAAAGUGGUGGAAUGUAUUGACAACUCGAAGUAAGUAACACAAAUCUUUAUUUCUUGUUCAAGCCAACCGGAUGGGUUUCCACUCAUGGCAUUAUCUCAAUGCUUUUCUCUCUGUCAACCUCUGCUUUUGUAGUGAUGACAAUAGGGUGGCGCUGAAGAUCAUUAAGAACAUUGAUCGUUACCGGGAGGCCGCUAUGUCUGAGGUAGAGGUGCUGGAGCAGAUGAACUCCCUGGACGACGAGAGAACCUUGUGAGUAACCGGGACUAAGGGACACACAUUUUAGCCUACAACAUUCGUAUAUACCUCUGUCCAGCUGCUUAGGUGCUUGGAGGUGCUAUACAAACGGUGGUAAUCAACGUUCCCGCUAAUCUGCGCACCACCUCCAGGACUACCACGCCGAAGAAAUGCUAGGCCAUACAGAGACGCAAGAGAUUGAACUUCACUGAGUUCGCCCCAUUAGUUUGCACUAUAUAGAUCAAUGUUUUUUCAGUGAUUGAAACAACAUAUCAGCCCCUUUUCAAUGCAAGCAACAAAUGUAACUUUGCAAGAUUGAGUCUGUGAUUUUGUUGUAGGCAGAGCCAGAGCGCAAUGGAGUAGAAUUCUAUUGGCGGGGGUAGCCAUCGAGCACUCGCGCUUUUCAGAUCACAUUUGUUGAUAUUCUUUGCUAGUUAGCGAGUUAUUAGGCCCAGUUAUAGAUAAGUAUAGGUCAGCAAUGGGGAGUUACAGCUUCCUACAAGAGCGCAAUGUGUAGGCUACAUUUCGAGCGGUCUUUGAAAAGCCAGUCUGGUAAAAAGCUUAUGUCUUAUUUAAAGGGGCGGUGUUGUAUUUUGAGACGGGCUUGACUAAGAAAAUAAGCCAAUAGGCAGAGAGGUAGCCUACAUUGUCUAAUUCUCUGUAUGGUAAUAAUAAUUACCUUUUAUUUUGUAAAGUGGUUUCUUGCAUCAUACAACACAAUGCAAUUUAGUCACCUAUUUGGCCCAUGGUGUUACAGACCAAGUAAACAAUUAUGAAUUAAUGUCAAGCCCUUCAUAAUGUAAAAUUUUUUUUAAAAGUCUCAUGCAUUGUAGGCCUGCAUUGAACACCACAUAUAGGCUACUGUAGGCUAUAUCAUAGAAAUCAAAAGCUAUUUCCAUGUGAAAGUGUUAUGGGAUUUGCUCCAUUGGUUUUGUUGGUAGGCCUACAUUAUGAUCAAAUAGCCACAAUAGCCUAUUGGCUACUGUCUAAAACGGUAAGGGUACAGCCUCAGUGUUCAUUGUAAACGCGCGCCGGAAGUUGCACAGAAUUCUCACAUUGUUCAAGUUUCCGCUUAGUGGCCCCAAAAAAUUGGAGGGAACAUUGGUGGUAAUAUGUUUUCUUAUUGCCCUCAUACAGUGGCUGUGUGCGCAUGCUGGACUGGUUCGAUUACCAUGGCCACAUCUGCAUUGUGUUUGAGCUUCUGGGUCUCAGCACUUUUGACUUUCUGAAGGAGAAUGGCUUCAUGCCUUUCACUGUGGACCAGAUCAGACACAUGGCCUACCAGAUCUUCAGAGCUGUGUCCUGUGAGUAAAACUCUGGUGCUGCAAAACUCUGUUCAGGAGGAGUGUACCUUUUUUCCUGUAGGCUGAAUCGUCUCAUGAUUGUACUAUAUAUAUUUUACAUUUUGUAAUGUUGAAAUGACUGCUGCUGCCUUCUUGGCCAGAUCUCCCUUGUAAAAGAGACUCCCAGUCUCAAUGGGACUUUUCUGGUUAAAUUUAAAUAAAUAAUACAGCUUGAUGUUUGGAAAAAGCAACAUGGAAAUGGGAAGUUCUAUUUCUGUAUAUGGAGUUUAACAUCAAGUGUCUUGGAAUUUGAAUAACCUAAUACUAAUUAUCUUCAUGCAAAAUCAUUGUAACUUGCACGGUGUGCACUAUACUAUCAGAUGGUGGAUAGUUUUCUUUAUGUAAAUUGGAAUUUAGAAACAAAGGAAGGUAUCUUAACACCUACACCAAUUUUUGUUUUAUAGUUCUCCAUCGAAAUAAACUGACCCAUACUGACCUGAAGCCAGAGAAUAUUCUCUUUGUCAAUUCUGACUAUGACAUGGAAUACAAUGCCAAAAUGGUAAGUUGAAUGAUUACAUACACACACACAUCCGUUGCUGCUGAUCUGCAGCUUUCCUGGUCUAGAAACUUGCAGGGAGACGAUUAGAUAUAUUGCCAGCCUUUUAUUUAAGCAUUUAAUUAAAACACUUCAGUUUUUCCAAUCAUGUGUAUCAUCCAAUGCAACUGUCCACAGUCCAUUUAUGGAUACGAUAACGAAUGCAAGUAGGUCCAGAUCGGCACACCCCUACCCAGUCCCCACCAGUCAGUAGGUCCAGAUCGGCACACCCCUACCCAGUCCCCACCAGUCAGUAGGUCCAGAUCGGCACACCCCUACCCAUUCCCCUCCAGUCAGUAGGUCCAGAUCGGCACACCCCUACCCAUUCCCCACCAGUCAGUAGGUCCAGAUCGGCACACCCCUACCCAUUCCCCUCCAGUCAGUAGGUCCAGAUCGGCACACCCCUACCCAGUCCCCACCAGUCAGUAGGUCCAGAUCGGCACACCCCUACCCAUUCCCCACCAGUCAGUAGGUCCAGAUCGGCACACCCCUACCCAUUCCCCACCAGUCAGUAGGUCCAGAUCGGCACACCCCUACCCAUUCCCCUCCAGUCAGUAUGGAGUGCUGCAGCAGACAGUUUGGUGGAGUGUCUCUCUGACUCCACCUCUGACUUGCCUGCCUGACAUAGUGUGUAUUAGAUCUGUGUGUAAUAAGUGUCCUGUGUUUUCAAAUGCAGAAACGGGAUGAGAGAACUUUGAAGAACCUAGAUGUGAAAGUGGUAGAUUUUGGUAACGCCACCUUUGACCACGAGCACCACACCUCAGUGGUCUCCACCCGCCAUUACAGAGCACCGGAGGUCAUCCUUGGUAAGUGUUGAGAAACCAAUGUGUUGGUGAGAGUGAGGAAUGGAUGGAAGUCCAAUAGGCUGUUGUCUAAAUUGUUGUAAUGUUUGUUUUCACAGAGCUGGGGUGGAACCAGUCGUGUGAUGUGUGGAGUCUGGGCUGCAUUCUCCUAGAGUACUACCUUGGGUUAACACUGUUCCAGGUAGGUACAGGAGCAGUAGAGGGAGAUCCUUUGUAAAAAUAUUUGGACUGAUAUUUGUAGCCUGGGUGCCAGUCUUUUUGCCUAGGGCUGUGGCGGUCAUGAAAUUGUCAGCUGGUAACUGUCAUGCAAAUAACUGCAGGUCUCACGGUAAAUGACCCUUAUUUAACAUAAACACGUUUAGCAUCUUCCACGCAUAGCCUACAAGCCACUGUUUAUUUUGGGCAGGUCUUAAACAUGAUCAUUUGAAGAAAAUGCAGCCUAUUUCAGAAGAAUAGAAUGGCAUAUUCUGAGUCCUUAUUCUGAGUCUGGCUAUGCAAUAUUGCUGUGAGCGACACUAGUUCAUUUAGCAGACAAGAUUUUUCCCAACCGAUUUCCGAGGGAGCGCGCACAUGCGGCUAUUCUGUGUUGAGCACUUACAAAGUGAAUUCUCCCCCAUGAACUCGGGUAGGGGACUGUAGAUCUGUCUCCGUUCGUACGUUACUCACACGCGAUAUCUGGCGGCACUGGCCCGAUUUUGACUAAACUUGGGUGAAUGAUGCGUUUUGUCAUAGAGAUCCGUAAUUUACUAAAUUGGCCCAAGGCAGGACCUUUAGUAAUUAACUGAAAUGUGUUAGUCACACGCGAUCUCAAUUGGCCCAAGUCUCUCAUUCACAAUUUGACGAGCACUUGAUAAUAUUCUCACCCAUCAGACUAUUCUCAAUUAAUCUGGUCUUUACAUAUAGCCUACUAAUAUAUGUGUGGAAUUAUUUUUGAUUUUAGAAUGGCCCAAACAAAAAAAAAACGUAAUCAGUCAACUGCACUCGAAUAGAGGUUAUGUGCAGUUAUAUUUUUUUAUAUGCCUGGUUGGCUACACCAGUUGUAAAGCAAAUUAAUGUGAUUAAUUUAAAGAAUUGAGCAAUAAAUAUUGCAGCACGAGAAAGCUGGGAUCCUCUUUUAAAUAGUGGCCAGUCAAAACUGUUUUCACAUGCGAUUGCGCAAUGACUGGGCUUAUAAGAACACGUUUCACUCUGUACGCUAUGGGCUCUCCUACCCUGUUCCAGGGGUCAACAAGCUACACUUGGAGUUAUUCGGCCACUUUUAGUUAUGAUACAAACCUUAUCAAAACAUAUAGGCCUAUGGGCUAGGCUACAUGAUGCAUGCGACUAUGAUUUGAAAAAGUAGCAAAAGCAUGCGCUGUUUCUUGCCUUAGACUGCACAUGCUGGGCAUCAUUCACAAGUGAUAUUCUCACCCCUCAGAGUAUUCUGAAUUUAAUUUUGUCUUUACAUGUACUAAAAUGUGUGGAAUUAGUUUGAAUUUAGAAUAGGCCAUUAUCAUGCACCUGUCGGGGCAGGGGAAAAAAAUGACAUAAUAUAAUAUGCCAUUUAGCAGACGCUUUUAUGUGUGCAUACAUUUUUACGUAUGGGUGGUCCCGGGGGAUCGAACCCACUACCCUGGCGUUACAAGCGCCAUGCUCUACCAAUUGAGCUACAGAGGACCACAAUCCAUAUGCACCACAAUCCAUAUGCACUUAAAUAGCUUUUCCCGCAGUUCAUUGUUAUGCCAGCCUGGUAGGCUACUCCGGUUGUAAAGCGAAGCAAUGUGCUUUUGUCGAUGUAAAAUGUUUUGGAAGUUGUUAACACAAGCUUCAACAGCUUUGUUGACUAAAAUGAUUGAGCCCUUGAUGACAGGAGUUGGAGAUUAUGUCAUAAAAUGACUGACUAUAUGUUUCCUUUCCCUAGUGUGUUAUACAAUUGAUAGAUCCUCUGACUAUACUUAUAUAUGAGAGAGAGAGCGAGAGAUAUGCACUUAAAUAGCUUUUCCCGCAGUUCAUUGUUAUGCCAGCCAGGUAGGCUACUCCGGUUGUAAAGCGAAGCAAUGUGCUUAAUAUUAGGAAAGUUUAUAAAUAAAUAUAGUAAGCCUGUAGAAAGCUGAUGGAUCUGCUUUUUUAAUCGAGGCCAUCAAAACUAUAUUUUCACACACAAUUACAUAGUAUAUAGAAAUGUUGUUCAACAUGGGCUUAUUAUAGGAACACUUAUUUCAUUCCAUGCAUCAACCAGCUGUGAGGAGCUGGCUCUUACUGCGCAACAGGUGAUCCUAUUCCGCUCGAACUCUGAAUGCCAGGGCUGUCAUGAAGUGUUUGAUUAGAUUUUCUAUAUUGCGUUUGCAUUUGAGUGAUUAGAGGGUCAAUAGAGCGCUGAGUACCAGGCUAUUAGCAACUGGUAGUUAGCAUGUUUUGGUAGGCUGCUAAUGACCAUCAGCGGCAUCACAGCGCAGUUUUGGAGAAACCUAGUUACCUUGACUCAGCGGUCAUGUAGAAUUUGACUGCGGUCAUGACUCAUGACUGCCGCUGUGGCGGUAACACAGUCACCGUAACAGCCCUAUUUCUGCUCUCUUGCCAUGUUUGCCAUGACAAUAGAGUAAGCAAAAGCACAAACAGAUCUGGGACCAGGCUAGUAUCUUUGGGGGACUUUAACUUUGUGAAAUUUCAGACUCAUGACAGCAAAGAACACCUGGCCAUGAUGGAGAGGGUUCUGGGGCCCAUACCUGUACACCUGCUACAGAAAACCAAGUAGGUUUAGUGUUUGUUAAUGAUUGAGUCUCAAUUUCAAGAUGCAGAUAAUUUACAUGAUCAUUGACAAAUGGUUAUGUUGUCAAUUAAGAAUGUGUAAAUGGUUUUAUUUUGUCCCCAGGAAGCGGCGCUAUGUGCAUCAUGACCGGCUGGACUGGGAUGAACACAGUUCCUCAGGGAGAUAUGUGAGGAAGCACUGCAAACCACUCAAGGUAAAAC